AUGUCUCGUCGCGUUCCCGUCGAAACUGGGAGACAUGCAACUGUAGUAGCAAUGUUAUGUUGGGAGGGUGCCAGCUCUGUCAUUGCGAACCCCCACGACGUAGGAUUGCAUCUGUUUAUGACUCCUCUGGGAACAAGUGCCCCCUUGUUUCCCUACCUCGAUGUUACUGAUGCUGCUGCUGACAUGCGUCUAUUUGCUGUCAAUGAGACAGUCGCUCGGAAUGCCGCCCAGCCGAGUUCCUCCGUGAGCGUAGUAGUACGGAAAGGUAACCAGCGCAUCUUGCGGCGCAGCCAGCGUGGUGCUCGGACUCGAGAAGAGUAA